AUGUAACAAUGGUAAUUCAACUUAUCGACCGCCGCCAUAUAUAGCCUUUCGAUUCCUAACGUCUAUAGAAUCGUUUUAUGAUUCUUUACCUCAAUUUGUGUUAACACAUGUAAGACUCAUUUGUCGAUUGUAAUUUACGGUCGUGUGUAUUCUGGUAUUCCGUUUUAUCAACAAACUAUUCUUAAUUAAAUUACUAUGGAAAAGAAUGACAAAAAAUCAGCUGUUUCGAAACAGAAAAAAGAAAAUAAACUGUUAGCUAUGGAAACAAAGGAGAUUGAAGAGAGACUGAAGCUUCUUAAAUCGACUCUUUAUUCAGAACUAACCAAGACAAAUAAACUCAAUUCUUCUCUACCGAUUUGGGAAGGCAGUUGUCCAACGUCUUCAAUCGAAAAAAAGAAAAGAGAUGCACUAGUUGACAUCAGUGGACUUAGAUUCAAACCUUUGAAGCACAGUCCAACUUCUGAAAUCAAAAGCCUUGAUACAUAUGGUAGUUUCAUCCGAAAAAUAAAUGAAGGCAUAGAACUUACGCCAGUAAAUCCUAUCACUACUCAUCAGUCUAUGUGUGGACAGUGUGAAGACAAAAACGCUGUUGUUAUGUGCCAGGAGUGUAGUGAAUACUAUUGUGCUAAAUGUUUUGCAGUGUUUCAUUUGAAAGGAGCGCUAAGACGUCACCAUUCGUUGCCUGUCUCGACUCGUAGCUUGCGGCCUGAGUUACGUCCUUGUAAAGAAACUGGUGGUAUUAACAAAACACAAGAAUUCAAAGAGUUAAUCAGUAAAGGAUGUCAAAGUUCCUUCGGUAUUGAGACUAAAUCAAAUUCAGCUUUACAAACUGAAGCAUUAAGUGAUCCCGAUCAAUAUGAUCCGUAUACUAAAACACAACUAACAGCAAAACAAUCUUUAGCCACGGUCAGUCAUAUAACCUCAACAAUAUGUAAGACAUCUGCUCCAGUAGAAAUAUAUUUCACGCCAAGUAUAACUUACGCAGAAAAAUUAUUGCUUCGUUUGCAUCGGAAUUCUAAGCUUCAGCAAUCAAUAGGACAAGACAGCGUAAAUAGUCAAAAAGCAUCGGAAGGGACUUUCUUGCCAAAUCUAAGUAUGGAAGAACAAGGGAAAAACCAAGAAGAAGUAAUGGAGAAUUUUGCAUUAAAUAGGAAUUCAUUUGAUGAAUUACAUAAAUUGGCUACAACACGAAUGCUACUGUACAAUAAUAAUCCACAUAUUUUCUCGCAUUCUAAAUUAGACUCAGAAAGGCCUAUUGAUCAAACAAAUAAAAUAAUGUAUCCAAUUAUUGGUGAAUCGAAUGAAAAUUAUUCAAGUAUACCCUUUUUUAACAAAUCACUGUGUAACUUGACUAAACAAAAGGAAAAUACUGACCAAAUUCACAAAGGACAAUGUUCACAGUGGGUAUCACAAUGCUUUUAGGAUUAAUGAUGAAGAUGAUUGUAUCAAGGAAAUUUAUGAGCAUAAUAAAAUUAUAGGUUCAUUAAAUAAUAAACAAAAUAUAUGGCUCCCAAUGCAGUCACUAAUUAAUCCUGAUUCUAAUAUAAUACAUCAAAUCAAUAAAACAAUCUUAGGAAACUUGACUUUGGUUUUAGAUGAACAAUCACUGAACACCAUCGACCUACAAGACAGCUUUAUAGACGAUUCAAGAAUGAAGUAAAUUAAUUCAAAAUCAGCCGUAUAUAAUAAAAAAUUUAGACAACUUUUAGUUUCUUCUUAUGUAUAAGAAAGCAGCUUAUUCAGCUUUCAUCAAUAAAUUGCUUUUUAUUUAUUUUA